AUUAGCAACUGGGUAUGACAGUGUGUACUGAAAUUGUGAAAGGUUUUUUUUUUUUUUUUUUUUACAAGUAUCGUGUAAACGCUGUUGCGACAAUAGCGGAUCUAAAAGGCACGGUUUGAGGGUUUUGUAACCCCUCAUCUUUAGUUGAAUAUCAUAUAACAAAAUUUGUCAUGUUUUAGCAAUUUUGCGGCAUUCGACUCCUUUUAGAGGCUAAAAAGGUACAAACUUGGGUCGCAACAACCCCCUUCCAUUGGUCAUUUUGUGUAUUCUACACGGAGUUCAACAAAUAAAAGGACGAGAUAAAGCUACACCUCUUAUCGAUAGGUCAAUUUCUUGAACGCAACAAAAUGAAGUCAGUGUAUAUUUCUGCAGCAAUCAUAAUCAUAUUUUCUGGAAUAUUGUCUUUCUAUUUGGAUGUCAAUGUACCAGAACCUAUCAAGGAGAAGUUCAGCCUCAGAAUUAUGGAGGGAUGUUUGAAAGGCCUCGGUCAUGUAAUAGAUGUUCUUUUGACACUUGGUGUAACACAACCAUUUUCGCCAUUCGUUAAAAACUUGGGCAACCACGUGUACAGAGUCUGCACCACAGGCAAACUGUGGAAUCCACAGGAUAAAGAUCUCAAGAUAACCAACAGAGUAAUGAGUGGAGUGCCUGUACGGAUGUACGAACCUUUGUCAUCGGUACAGAAAUCCAACAGACCAGUACUCAUAUACAUCCAUGGCGGAGGCUGGACCUUUCUAUCGGUUGACAACUACGACCUUCUCAGUCAAAAGCUUUCCAAGGACGCUGAUGUUGUUGUCAUAUCUGUUGAAUACCGACUGAGUCCCCAAAAUCCCUAUCCCGCUGGUUUGAAUGACGUAACCAACGUAAUUUCAUACGUAUUUAACAAUGCUGAAGACGUCGGAAUCAACCCGGGACGUAUCGCUGUAGGUGGAGACAGUUCUGGUGGGAACUUGGCAGCGGCAGCACAACUUCGCAAAGAAAUGCGUGGGAAAAUAGCAAUACUGCUUCUGUUGGUGCCUGUGUUACAGGCGGUGAAUCUGAAAACGACAAGUUUUACAGAAAACGUAAAUUAUCUGCGAAACAGCGUUAACAAUCCCUAUCAAGCCUUAUAUUUCUUGCAUUACCUUAACUUAGAUUUAUCACUCUACAGUGCAUUCAAAAACAACCAACAUACGUCUGUUGACUUUAGGCGAGGAAAGUAUCAAUUUUUGUUUGAUCAAAAGAAGUAUCUUCCUAGUGAAUACAUUCGAUCUGAAGAACUUAGAAAAAAGAAAACGGACAUUAAUGAUUCAGACAAUAAGACAUUAUUCAAUGAAAUAAAAGAUAAGCUAACUAAUCCAAACAUCUUUCCCCUAAUGGCCUCAGACGAAGAUCUUUCUCAUUUCCCGUUUACUUACGUCAUGGCAGCAGGAUAUGACAUCAUCCGUGAUGAUGCCAUAAUGUUUGCGGAGCGUCUGAGACAUUUAAAGAAAAAAGUUCAGUUGUCACAUUUUCCCGACGGAUUUCACAAUGAUUUAGUAAUGUUUAGUGGCCCACUGCAAGUUGAUGUUGGAGUGAGAACAGUAAAUGACAUUUGUCGAAUAUUAAAGAAACUGUAGAGCAAAUAUACAAACACACAUAUGAGAUACCAGUAUCUUAUGGCGUGUAAAACGUUGCUAUAUUCGAUAAUCUUAUGAUGUAUGUUCAAUAUCUUGUGAUGUAUAGACGAUAAUCUUGUGAUGCAUGUUGAAUAUCUUGUGAUGUAUGUUCGAUAAUCUCGUGAUGUAUGUUCUAUAUCUUAUGAUGUAUGUUCAAUAUCUUUUGGUGUAUAUUCGAUAAUCUUGUGAUGUAUAUUCUAUAUCUUGUGAUGAAUAUUCUAUGAUCUUGUGAUGUAUGUUCGAUAAUCAUUUGAUAUAUGUGCAAUAAUUGCAUUGUGGGUAAUAUGACACAACAGCGUUCUGUUAUAGUAAGGACAAUUUUCAUUGGUUGGAAAUAGCUAAAGUAUCUUGCGAUGCAAAAAUAACGUCUUCUUUAAUGAUAUGAAAUUGAAACUCAAUGAGGCAGGAAACCCUUUGAUAAAAUUGUAAAUUUCAUGAUCCUAGAGUAGGGCUAUCAGGGUGGGACCAAAAUUGCCAUAGUGAUUUUAAAAAUGUCUUUAUCAUUUGAAGGAUUUCUUUAAUACGCCGGUUUCGAGAUACGUCCGAGUUAUUUCCCUUUGGAGAACUCUCGUACAUAGUAAGGCGCGAAAGAAUUUGUUUACGCGCGGGAGUGGGACAGAUAUUCAUCUCAAUGUAAGUGAGUGUACUCAGUAAGUUUCUCAUACGCUGUUUGAUAACCCGAAUUCGACUAAUACACAAACAAGUAAGUGAUAAGCAUUGAGGGAAUAAUUAAAUACAUAGAAUUCUUAUCCUAUCACGUUAUCUCGCUGGUCAUAAGUACCAUAUCCAAGAUAUUUCUUACAAAUAUGACAUUGUUUGUAUAUUUCCACUUUGGUAAAACAUUUCUUUCCAUAGUAUUUAGUAUUUCCCACAUUUACAUAUCUAAAGAGAAGCCGCUUUUAAUACAUUUCAUCGUCUUCCUCGUUGGCUGUAUAUCCACUCUGUCCCACCUAGGCAUUCAAAGUUCCACUAAAUGCACCUCCUAUACAGAAGAGUUCGUAUCUCGAAACUGGCGUAUUAUCCUGAUACGAUAUAAAAUGAGACAUGAAACUUUGACAAAAGCUAAAAUUAUGCAUAUAUAGGGAAACAGAAGGGAAUGAACCAAAAUUUUGAAUCUAACCCCAACCCCCCCCCCCCCCCGACUUGAAUAAAGUAUAUAACCGUUUUAACUCCUGCAUGUACUUUAUACGUACUUCGAAAUAAAAUUAUAUUCUGACACUUU